GCGUAGGGAAAACCGUCUCCGGCGCGGCGGCCGGAGUGGUGUGUACCGGUGAUUUUUGUGCCGUCAGGACCGGUGGGCAGCCUAUAAAGCACCGGACAGUGGACGGGGAGGCGCAGUAGGCCCUCCAACACCAACAUGGAGCAACUGGUCCUGCUGACGGCAUGUCUGGCGACGGCGGUCGGCCAGACGGCCUUCAUCCUUCCAGGAGGGGCUCCUGGUCGUCAAAUUAUUCUCAUUAAGAAGAUGGGUGGAGGGGGCGGAGGAGGCGGUCACGGAGGCGGAGGAGGCGGUCCUCCACCACCGCCUCAGAUGAUCAUCCUGCCCAUCAUGAUGCCGCCCGGAGGAGGCGGCGGAGGACAUCCUCCAGGAGGCGGCGGAGGACCUCCCCCUGGAGGCGGGCCUCCCCCUGGAGGCGGGCCUCCCCCUGGAGGUGGAGGACCUCCCCCGGGAGGUGGAGGACCUCCUCCGGGAGGUGGACCUCCCCCGGGAGGCGGACAUCCACCUGGUGGCGGAGGGCCUCCCCCGGGAGGCGGACAUCCCCCUGGUGGCGGAGGGCCUCCCCCGGGAGGCGGACAUCCCCCUGGAGGUGGACCGCCUCCUGGAGGCGGUGGAGGACCUCCCCCAGGAGGCGGACAUCCCCCUGGAGGUGGGCCUCCCCCUGGAGGCGGACCGCCUCCUGGAGGCGGCGGAGGACCUCCUCCUGGUGGCGGACCUCCCCCUGGAGGCGGACCUCCCCCUGGAGGCGGACAUCCUCCUGGAGGCGGACCUCCUCCUGGAGGCGGGCCUCCUCCAGGAGGCGGACAUCCACCGGGCGGUGGACCUCCCCCAUGGGGAGGACCUCCCCCGGGAGGCGGAGGGCCUCCCCCUGGUGGCGGACCUCCCCCUGGAGGUGGACCUCCCCCGGGCGGAGGACCUCCCCCUGGUGGCGGACCUCCCCCGGGCGGAGGACCUCCCCCGCAUGGUGGGGGAGGCGGUCCGCCGUUUGGUGGCGGUCCGCCGUUCGGCGGCGGUGGAGGACCUCCGCCAGGAGGUGGAGGACCUCCGGGUGGCGGAGGAGCACCGGCUCCGCUGGUGCAGUACGUGCCGAUAUACCUGAACCCGCCUCCUGGUGGUGGCGGCGGUCCCCCGCCGGGAGGGCCCCCGCCGGGAGGACCCCCGCCGGGCGGACCCCCACCGGGCGGACCGCCGGGUGGUCCCCCGCCGGGCGGACCCCCGCCGGGCGGUCCACCGGGCGGUUUCGGCGGCCCGCAGGUGAUCAGCCUGGCGCCGCAGCCGGGCGGUUACCCGGGCGCACCGGCUCCCCUGAUGGCCGGCUACCCACGGUUUGUGCAACCCAUCAGCAACAGUAUCGCCGGCCCCGGAUACAUCUAG